GGUCGAACCGUUAACAAGGGUGCAAUUUGAAGUCUUUUUCCAUCUUCGCCGUACCGGUAGGUAGUCCUUGACUCCUUGUCUUAUGAUGCUGGAAUUAGUUUGAAUUAGUUUACUAUUGAGGCGGUGAGGAGUAAGACACCAAAACACAGGGACCCCUCCUCCGGUCUAGAAGGGUGAAGGUUUCCUAUGAUACAUGGGGGGUUGGUUGUUGGAUGGAUGGACGGGAUGGGUGUCGGCAGUGCUUGUCAUCGGUCAGCCUUGGAUUUUUGAUGAAGCUGAUGCAGAUGCAGCCUCAAAGAUUGUGGGGGAAAAGCCCGGAAAGUCGGAAGAUGUGCAAUUGCCGAUGACCUUUGUGUAUUUUCCCCGGAACCCCGCGCGUCGACUAUCGUGCUGGGAAAGGAGAUUGGGGACUGGAAGGGUGGAUGGGAUUGCGCGGUGAUGCCUUUUCAAAACGGGACGAGGGACUGCGCAGUAUGCUCAGUUUACGGGUGACCAGGGACAGAAGGAGGA